UAUGGUGCCAUUUUCUUUGUUCCAAUUCAAAACCAAGCAGCCUUUGCAACUUGGAAGAUAUUCAAGUAUUUGUUCAUUUGAUUAACUUUUGCUCAAGAGAAUAAACUACUGAAUGAAGAGUGAUCAGCAGUUGAAUUUGCCGGCAGGGUUCAGGUUCCAUCCGACCGAUGACGAGCUUGUGCUGCAUUAUCUCUGCCGGAAAUGCGCCGGCCAGACAAUUUCUGUUCCUAUUAUAGCGGAGCUUGAUCUCUAUAAGUUUGAUCCUUGGGAUCUUCCUGCUAUGGCUUUGUAUGGUGAAAAAGAGUGGUACUUCUUUUCUCCAAGAGACAGGAAGUACCCGAAUGGAUCCCGGCCUAACCGAUCAGCAGGAGCCGGGUACUGGAAAGCCACCGGAGCCGACAAGCCGGUGGGGAAGCCGAAAACUCUGGGAAUAAAGAAGGCUCUGGUGUUCUAUGCCGGAAAAGCUCCUAGAGGAGUCAAAACUAAUUGGAUUAUGCACGAGUAUCGCCUAGCUAAUGUGGACCGGUCCGCUGGCAAGAGAAACAAUUUGAGGCUUGAUGAUUGGGUGUUAUGUCGAAUAUACAACAAGAAAGGCACUCUCGAGAAGCAUUACAAUGUCCAUCAGAAGAUGGUGGAAUUUUCAGACAGCGAAGAACAGAAGCCGAACAUCGACUCUUUGCAAUAUAAUAUAGUAAAAUCAGCUCAACAGGUUCAACCACCACAGCCUAUGGCACCGCAGAUUAUGAACCAGAAUGACUAUAUGCAUUUCGACCCAUCAGAGUCAGUUCCCAAGUUGCACACAGAUUCAAGUAGUUCCGAGCACGUGCUAUCGCCUGAAGUUCAAAGUGCGCCCAAGUGGAUUGAGUUUGAACAAUCCCUUGAUAAUCAGCUCAACUACAUGGAUGAUUUUCAAGAUGACCAUUUUAGCACCCAACUGCAGUAUAAUGAUCAGCUCUCUCUGUUUCAAGAUAUGUUCACAUACAUGCAAAAGCCCUUUUAAUUUCAAUUGGACCUCAUCAUCAUGGUAAGAUUAUUAUGUGUAGGUAGCCAUGUAAAUCCAUUAUUCCCCCACAAAAAAAAUUAAAAAAGAAGGGCUACUAGGGACUGGAAAAUCUUGGAUGCUAUGCUAAUACUAGGAACAAGAAAAUCAGCUGGUCAAAUUUGAUGGGCUUGAUAAAGACGGUCAGAGUCCAAGAAGGAAAUCAGAGAUUUUCUCUGUCCGUUGACGAUGUUGAAUUCAGACUUGAUCGUGAUCUUUUGGGCGGUGAUGAAUAGACUGAUGUAGAGUAGGGCAUUCUUAUAUGUUCAGAAUGCAGUGCUCAUUUUUUUGUUCUUUCCUUGCUUUUUAUGGUUAAAAUGUAGCAUUCUUGUAUGGAACAAGAGAAUGAGAUUUGUUCUCUCAAAUAUAUUUGUAGUUAUGUCAAGAUUUUUUGUCAUAAA